AUGGUACUACGAUCAAAGCUGGAGGUUUUAUUGGAGCUUGAUUUGAAGGAAUUGCUGGCAGUUCAGAGCGAUGUUACUAGACUAAUCGAAGAGAAAGUAUUACAACUGCAACUAGAGGUAGGACUGAAAUCUGAGGGUUUAGAUGACAAGGAGAAUGUUCAAGAAUUGGAGAGUGACACAGAUGAUUAUUUGCUGACUCAGUUUGAUCAAACAGCUAGAGAUAAGCUUUUGAAGAAUGGGAAUGUUAAGUUAGAAGAACCGACUAGACUCGAGCCGAAUAAUAAAGGGCCCGAUUUGAGCUCACCAUUGAGGGGAACCCAAAGCCUGCCGGACUCUCUGAGGUCGAUAGAGGAAGAUCUUCAGCUGUUUCCGCCGAAGGAUAAUGUCGAGCCCAAUUUCGAGGUAUGCAGGAACGUACUCCAAUCCAUUAAUACAUUGAAAUCAGAAAAUUCACCGAGAAAAGGUGAUAGAAGGAAAAGAACGUGUUUAGAAAGUCCUGCAAAGAGACUGAAACCUCUCGUCUCGCUAAAUGUAAAUCCGAUAACUAACAAGGCCUGGAUCUUGGAAGAUUUCCGAGCUAAUGAAGAUGAGGAAUUCAUUAAAAGAGGCCGCAAGAGAUUGGCAUCUUUAAAGCUGAGUAGAUUUUAUAGAGCUGGUGGGCGACCACCUGAAGUUGGUGCCGAACAUGAAGAGGACUUGUCUGACAACACUUGUGAGUUCGAAAAUUUGAGACAAAGGUCAAAGUCUCCACCAGGUUUUGGAAGACUCGAUUUCCCCACUACUCAGGAAAGAGUCGACGACAAGAAGAAGUCGCAGGAGAUUAUAUACAAAAAGACUAAGCACAGAUUUUUGGAGGCGACUUGCGACAAGAUUCCUCCACAAGAAAGGCAGUUCAUAUUCAAGAGUAGCUAUUUGAACCAGGUAGUAGAGAAUGGGACGUUCACUUGGGAUGACGAAAAUUUGCAAAUUUUUUAUAGAAGAUAG